AUGAAAAAUACGAUUUCAAUUCUAUUUGUUACUGUUUGUUUUCUCUUCGUGAGUUCAACUAUCAUCAAUUUGGAUAGAUGGGAUUAUGAGUACUCUAAUUUUAUUGAUAUUAGAGGUUUGAAUUCGAAAGUAUUCUGGAUAAAAGGAGAACAAAGAGGUAUAGUUGCAUUAUUCAAAAACAAGGAUAUAAAUGGAUUAAUAUUCGAAAUUACGUUUGGAUUAUACAACAAUAAGCAUACUCAGUUAAGAACAGAAUAUACGAGGUCUGCUGUUAAUGAGACUUCACACCCAGCUUUGUUACUGAAUGCUAAAGAAUUUAAACCCUAUUGGAUUGAAUGGAAUGGUAAUAAAAUUGUGUUGGGUGAUGGAAUGGUUCCUGGAAGUGGACAGACAACAUUAUCAGGAGUAAAUACUAUAAUGGACGAUAUACAGUUUAAUUAUCUAGGCAUCAGAACCAGUUCAAUACCAGUAUCUUAUAUCCUGGAACUAUCAACUUGUAGGAAGAACUAA